AUAGAGCAAAAUGUUUGGGAAUGAUUAAUGCGUGAGAAAACCAGUUGAAAAAUGGGGAUUAUGGGAGACAAAAAUCGGCCCUCUUCUUCGGCAACUUCACCUUGCGCCAAUUUCCGUACUGCUUAUCACAAUUGCUUCAACAGGUGGUAUUCGGACAAGUUCUUGAAGGGUCAAUGGGAUAAAAUGGAGUGUGUUUCUGAGUGGGAUAAAUACAGAGAGUGUUUGUCAAAACAUUUGGAUGAUAAGCAUCUAAGUCGGUUCUUGGAUGCCGAUGGCGUAAUGGAUUUCAACAAUCCAGCUCAAUUCAAAAGUGCCUCCGGUGUCUCUUGAAAAUUCUUUUUAAUCAGAGGUAAAUGCUGGAAAUCGAUGAGCUUUAAUUUGUUGUAUAAGAUCAUUACACUCGAUCAAUGAUUUUUUUUCGUCAUCUGUGAAACGCGGUUAAUUUCCAUACCUAGUUAUGAUAGUGUUAUCACGACACAUUUCUAGGUGUCGGAUGAUGUCUGAAUUUCGAUAGUUACGUUAGGUGUUUUUGUAUGAAGAUGAUACAUAAGCUGACAUAUUCUUCCAUUACCACUUCUUUAAAGACACUAAUAUCGGUUCUAUGCAUCGAACUUUCAAAGUACUGGAACAAUCCCGAAAUGUUUUUCUUUGAAUGUAGUUGAUGUUCGAUGCUUUAUGACAAGUGUUAUUCGGAUUGAAAUUAUAGUGUUGUGAUGAAAUAUGUAGUUAUACAUUCGCACUUACUAUAUUGCCUUUCUGCACAUUGAAGAUUGACUUGAACAUAAUAAAGAGUUGUAUCUAUAGAUCAGACACUGAAUGACUAUUUAUUCUCGGAUUUGGACCACAAGAGUGCUACUGCAGAUACUUGUCGAACGGUUUGAAUUGCUCGAUUAUUUUGCAUUUCUUGAAAACAGAUCAUUAUGUUUUACGUUUUUCCCCCUGUUUUGUAAUAGGGCUACGUGCAUAUACUGCGAUCAAUGAGGAAGAGUUAAAAUACAAGUACGACUACCAGUUUUGGUUUGUGUGGAGGGAAUUCAUCAGCUUUAUUAAACGAAAACGAUGUAAAAAAAUCAAUGUCUACUUAUGAGCACAUCUCACACAGUAGAGAAUAUUGUCAUCAUCAACAAUAACAUAUCGAUGUUUGGAACAAACGGUUCAUCGACUUUCAAA